AUACGGAACAUCUGGGAAUAGUAAGAGAUUUGGAUUUUGGAUUUUGCAGAAGUUGACGUAUGGAAUUUGAAUUCUAAUCGAAAUUAGAGCUUUCAAAAAUCACGAAAUAUCUGUGACUCUGAUUUCUUCAUGAUUUGUUCACCUUUUACUCCAAAUUCAUAGUUUCCUAUAAAUCUCACCAUCUUACGUUCUCUCUCUUCGUGUUUAUUGUCGCCUCUCAUCUUCUUUCUCUGCUCCCUGUGAAUUGGUGAUUUUCUCAAGAGAAGAAGAAUCUUUUAUUUUCUGGUUAAUUAUGGCUAUAUCAUCUUCAGCAAUUGAAAUGGAUGAAUAUUAUGAAGGAGAAGAGCUUCAUGUUCUAGCUGUAGAUGAUUGCAUCAUUGAUAGGAAACUUGUAGAGACGUUGCUCAAGAAAUUUUCCUGUAAAGUGACGACAGUAGAGAAUGGGUUGAGGGCAUUGGAGUAUCUGGGUUUGGUAGGUGGUGAGAAUCAUGGCCCUGCAAGUAGAACCCAUGGAGUGAAGGUAAAUUUGAUAAUAAGUGAUUAUAGUAUGCCAGGAAUGACAGGGUAUGAGCUGCUUAAGAAAAUUAAGGAAUCAUCUACCAUGAAGGAAAUUCCAGUUGUGAUUGUAUCAUCUGACAACAUCCCAACUCGAAUCAAGAAGUGCUUAGAGGAAGGAGCACAAGAAUUCAUUCUAAAGCCCCUUCAACAGUCAGAUGUAAAGAAAUUGAGAUGUCAUAUGAUGAAGAUUAACAAGUCAUGCGGUGGGAAGCUUUAUCUUGGAAGGUAAAAUCUUCCAAUAAACAAAGAAAGAGACAUGAAGAAUUUACAACUUUAACAUGAACAGCCAUGUAUCAGUUUAUAGAAAAUGAAGAAUGAUAGUUGAUAAAGACCCAUUUGCUUUGGCUGAGAAAUUUUCAUUUAUAUAUGAUCAGCUGUGGGCAGGUAAGACAGGUGUUUAAGUGGAAGGAAUUGUUAUUUUGGGUACUGUUAUGAUAUUUGAAGAGUCAUCAAAAUGUAACCUUCCAACCAAGGGGUGAAGCCCAUUAGAUUUUGAGUUUUUGAUCUGC